AUGGCCGCCGGUGGGACUCUUUCUUGCAGAGCAAAGGUUUGUUAUUCCACCUGUUAUUAUGACGAAGCGAAAUUGCAGUGAGUGCUUAGUAUGUAGCGAUGCAAAACACUCAGAUUCUUUCAUUAAGUAUUCAUUCCUUCAAAUGUGUUUUAUCCUAGCUCCUCUGAAGGAGAAAACUUAACAUUGGUUGUGACCAAAAAAGAAUGAUUCUCUAGCGAAGCUAUUACUUUUAAACGCUUUUACUGAAGGUUAGUCCAGCCUGUCCAACCAUCCCGAUCUCGUCGGGAUUCUCCCGAUUUUGCUUGAAAAUCCCGAAUACCGAGAAACAUAUGCGAUCGGGAUAGGAAAAAUCUCGAUUUUGACAUCUGUUUUGAUUUUUCAAACGAAUUCUUAUGAUAAAUACACAAGAACACCUAAGAGAGUGUACUUAACUGAAACUGAUACCCAAAAACCAUAAAUAUACCACCUGAAAUAUAAAACAAAAUCGAAUAUUUGUACGUGAAAACAUGCAAAGAAAAAUAGGCAUAAAAAUAACAAUCAAUUUAGCGAACAUUUUAGAAAGAAAUCGCCCUCCCAGAACACAAGAAUAGCAUACAUGCCAACCCUCCCGAAUUAUCUGGGAGUCUCCCGGAUACGACACCAAUCUCCCGGUCUCCCGUACAGGUCGCUUUAUCUCCCGGAUAAUAUCAUCUUUUGAGCUUUUCUGUUCCUUAGUUUGAAAUUUAGCCCAUUUUUAGCUCAAAACUUGAAUUUUUCUUGUUCGUAAUACUGUUUCUGAGGCAUUUUACACCUAUUUAGUCACUGACAAAGAUUAUUUCUGGCAUCAAAACGAUGAUCGCGAAUUUUGAUGGUAUCUACUUCAUGUAAGACUUGAUAUAAUGUCCUAAAUUUCCAGGGGUUGUGGGCUAAUGGAAAACAGAGAGUCUCCAGAUUUUAAAUCUCCAGAGGUUGGCAUCUCUGGAAUAGUGUUUCAGAGCAUCAAAAUUUUGCUCAUGUGAUUCGUUGGUUAUAAAAAAAAUAUCCAAAUUUUACAUACUCGAAAGGUUGGACAGUCUGGGUUACUAAUUACAUAACUAUAAAAAGAUAGCUUUGUGUCUAUUAUUGAAGAAGAAGCAGGGAUGUCACUAACAUUAAGCAUGUUACGCCGUUGCUUAUUCAACUUCAUUGGCUACCAAUUGAACAAAGGAUAACUUUCAAAAUUGCAGUAAUUACAUUUAAGGCGCUUCAUGGUGAUGCACCUAGCUACAUCACUGAUCUCAUCAAGCCUUAUACACCUGGUAGACUUCUUAGAUCCUCCAAUCAAUUUUUACUUUCUGCAUCUAAAUUUGAUCUUAAAACUUAUGGUGGCCGGUCUUUUACUAUUGCUGCACCUUCUGUUUGGAAUGCACUUCCAUUCGAACUGAGAUCUUGUAAUUCCCUUUCUUCUUUUAAAUCUAAGCUCAAGACUUGGCUUUUUAAAAUUGGUUAUGAUGUUGUCAUAUAGAAUGAUGAUGUUUUUAUAGGAUGACAAUGUAGUUUUGUUAGUUUUGUAGGUUUAGGAUUUUGUUGUUAUUUUUAUUAUGUAAAGCGCCUUUGGACCAUUGGGAAUUUUCAUAGAAUGACAAUGUAGUUUUGUAGGUUUAGGAUUUUGUUGUUAUUUUUAUUAUGUAAAGCGCUUUUGGACCAUUGGGAAUUAGCACUCUAUAAAUACUGUAUAUUAUUAUUAUUAUUAUUAUUAUUAUUAUUAUUUCAACUAGUGCCGGGUAAAUGCGACAAGUGGGCAGGGAAUAAAACAGCUAGGGAUUUCUUUUGGUUCUAUUUUUCUUCUAUUUUCCUACGAAAGUAGCCGGGGGCCUACUUCAUACAUAUAGCAGCCGGGGGAAAUCCCCGGCCCCGCCUCUUAAUGCCUGCCCUGAAUAAGAUUAAUAUUGUGAUUUGUCAAUACACAACUGACCUGUCACUAGUCAAAAUUAAAUCACAAUAACAAAACUACAGGGUAAUAAUGACCCUUCUGAUGAAUGUUUUCAAUUCUUGAUGGAUGCCAAUGUAAUGUACAUUAUUUUCAUCUCAGGUGUUUCGACCUUUUGUAGGCUUUGUGAAGAAUUACCUUGGCCUUUUAUCAGCAACACAGGUGAGUAGAAUUUUUUCCAACUCUUGCACCAUUGUUUAGAAGGUCAUAAUUAUAGUCCACUCUUUCUAGGGUGGACACAUUUAGGACCAGCACUGAGUGUCCUUGUUAGAGAGAUGUACAUUGUAUGGACAGUCAAAGACAAUGACUAAAGAAUGGCAAGGAUCAAUUUACUUUGUGUCCACUUUACCAAGGUGUCCACGUUUUAGAGAGUCAAAUAAGGGGUUAAAGAGAGGCUGGGGCCAACUGUAGGUGUCCAUUUUAGCAUGGCGUCCAUGUUAUGCAGAGUCAAACAAGCAGCCAAAGAAUGGCAGGGACCAGCUUUAGGUGUCCAUUGCACCAAGGUGUCCAUGUUUUGGAGAGUCAAAUCGGGGUUAAAGAAAGGCAGGGGCUAACUUAAGUUGUCCAUUUUAGCAAGGAGCCCAUGUUUUGGAGAGUCAAAUGAGGGGCUAAAGAAAGGCAGGGACCAAAUUUCAGGUGCCCAUUUUAACAAGGUGCUUGCCUUAUAGAGAAUCAAAUAAGAGGCUCAAGAAUGACAGGGAAUCCAUCUUAGCGAGGUGUCCAUGUUUUUGAGAGUCAAAUUUGGGGCCAAUGAACGGCAGGGACCAACAUAAGGUGUCUGUUUUAGGAAGGUGUUUGUCUUGUAGAGAGUCAAACAAAAGGACUAAAGAACGGCAGGGGCGGACUCUAGGUGUCCGAUUUAGGGAGGUGUCUGUUGUACAUAGAAGUGAAGAAAUGACUUCAGAAUGGCGGGCAUUGUCUGUAGCAGUCUGCUUUAGGGAGCUGUUCAUCUUAUAGAGAGUCAAAUAAAAGGACUAAAGAAUGCCAGGGGCCGACUCUGCAUGUCCAUUUUAGUGAGGUGUCUGUCUCAUAGAGAAGUGAAGAAAAUGACUUCAGAAUGGCGGGCAUUGACAGUAGCAGUCUGCUUUAGAGAGCUGUUCAUCUUAUAGAGAGUCAAAUAAAAGGACUAAAGAAUGGCAGAGACCAAGUCUAGCCCUAACAUUGACAUGAUACAUUAGCCUUGUACAUAACAGCAACAAAAAUGAAACGUGAUCAAAUGAGAUACGCUGAGGCAAUGAAAAAGUUUUUUUUGAAUUUACCUACCUCUUCUAAAUUUUCCUUUAUGAUUAUCCACACUCCAAAAUCAAAGACGUUCUUCAAAAUCCAAAAACACAAUUUGAAAUAGUCAAACAUGCCAUGGCCGCUUACUCCAAACGCUCGACCUCUAAACUUGCGUGAGCUACAUAAAGUAUUUGUAAAAGAUAUAGCCCGAGAAAUUAGUUAGAAUUAAACCCCACUUUACGGACAUCUGCUUAAUACUGACACCUCGUUAUUACAGACAGUUUUCUUUGUCCUGGGAGAAAGCUCUUCCAUUUUCUCUAAAUUCAACCCACUUUAUACGGACAUCCAUUGGUGCAGACAAUUGUGGACUUUCUUUUCUUGCCCCAUCAGCAGAUUCUCCUAAAAAAAGUCAGGGGCACCCAACGACAAUUUUUGGAAAAUAUCUGUUCGGAAGACGAUUUGAGAUCUAGAAUUUUCGGAACAUUUGUUGUUAAAUUUCUUGCUUGCCUGCCUCUCCUAGGAUUUUCGACAUCCCCCCCCCCCCAAAAAAAAAAAAAAAACAAAUAUACAUAUAUUAAUAAACUAUUAUUAUAUAAAAAAAGUCAGGGGCACCCAACGACAAUUUUUGGAAAAUAUCUGUUCGGAAGACGAUUUGAGAUCUAGAAUUUUCGGAACAUUUGUUGUUAAAUUUCUUGCUUGCCUGCCCCUCCUAGGAUUUUCCACCCCCCCCCCCCAAAAAAAAAAAAAAUAGUAUAAUUGCCCAUUUUAAACGAAUUUUCACCCUAAAAAGGUCACCUAGAAUUUUCGGGAGCCUUUAUUCUGGCUGAAAUUUUCGAAAAAGUAAGUUUUGAUCCCUAUAAUUUUCGGAUCACUAGACUCUCAGCUAGGAAAUCCGAACAGAUGAAAAAGUUUUAGGGGAUAAAAAUAUGCCUAUAUCUCCCGUUUAAAUACUAAAAUACGUUCAAAAAUGCUAUGUUUAAGUGGUUUUAAAGCAUGUUCUCGUUGGGUGCCCCUGAAAAGUCAACCUUGCUAAUUCAGACACUUUAUUAUCAACUGUGUGCUGUUUAAAAAGACCUUUCCUUUAUGAAGGUAAAAAAAACCUUCAGUUGAUAUCAUGUCGAUGUUCUUAGCCCUAGAGAACACCGAACAGGAUGAAAUGUAGACUUCAAGUUCAGAUUAUUUUGGCACCAAACGAGUAGCAGACAAUAUACUUUCUGUUCUUGCCCCAUCAACAUAUUCUAAAAAAGCCAACCUUGCUAAUUCAGACACUUUAUUGUCAACUGUGUGCUGUAAGAAACCUUUCCUUUAUGAAGGUUAAGAAAACCUUAAGUUGACAGCAUGUCGAUUCUUAGUGCUACGGUACCCCGAAUAGGAUGAAAUGUAGAUAUCAAGUUCAGACUAUUUUGGCAUCAAACAAGUUAUGCAGACAUCGCAUUUGAUUGAAUAAUAUAGAGAUGAGCGAUUUUUGAGUGUUUCUUUGGAUUUGGUCUCCGGAAUGACGGCUUUCUGAUUGUUAGAGAUGUUUUAUUUGACGAUCCUUAUGUCCUUCCCUUAGGUUAAAGCUUACAUUUGUAUUGCCACAAAUCUGUGUCUUAGCUAAGCUCCAGCUAACCUCGAGGCGAGCCCAAAUGAUUGUUUUUGCCAUUUUCUAGUUUCAUUUUGGUUUCAGUCAAAAUAUGGACUUUCGCAAAAUUUACGAUCGAAACUGCCGGUUUUCGAAAGGGUUGGCAAGGUUAAAUUUUUGUCAGCUGCUUUGUUGAAAUACUUUCAGGUUAUUGGUCCAUGUGCUAAAAAAUAAUUAAAAAUCUUUUAACCCAUUCUCCCCUGAACCGAUCCUAACAGCCCGCUAUGAUCACGUCACUUGUAACGCCUGUGACGUCAUCCGUUUUAACUAUUCAGUCAAACGGGCCGGAGAAAAGCGCAAGAAACCAUGUAUAGGUGACCCGAAAAUUCCAAUGAAAAUCCUUUUUCACCACCCACUUGUAUUUCCUUUUAUCUAAUUCUUCAAUCCUAAAAGUUUUCUUGAAAACUUUUCCCACCAAAAUAGUGCCUAGUGAACGCCCAGCAAAAGAAACCAUUUUUAAAAAACGGGGCAACGAAAGUGAAAGAGGCGGGAAGGAUUCAAAUUUUACCUUUUACACAAGCACGAAGUUCGGAAGCGGAUAUUUUGCAUCAGGAUCAAACUUAGGCAGUGAAGUGCUCGACUUAUAAAACAGCGUUUCAGGCAGCUUUGGUUCUUUUUGACCAGAUAGUGACCAGAAAAAGGCUCGACUAACUGUUAAUAGGUGAUUUUUCGGCAAAAUUUCCAGGAGAAAAUGGGUUAAAAUAUUGGCGAGCGAAGCGCGUAAGAGAUGCGCGCGGGGAAAGGUGGGAAAGGGGAAGACGCUCCUUCCCGUCGUCCCCAUUUUUGCCCCGCGACCGAUCCGUGACCGCGCACAAAUGAUAAGAGACAAAUGGGCAUGAGUCAGGUGAGUGUCUCGCGGAGCAGUGGUUCGUGUAGUCAUUGUCAUAACCCAGUUUCGGGUCGAGGGCUCGGGAGUAUUCUUUUCCUCUGCGUCAUGACAGUUAAUUCCAAACUCCCAGUUGGGGUCCAUUUCCAUCUUCACAAUACGCAGCCCUAUACAAUCGAGUUGCAGGGAGGUGUAGAGAGUUGCAGAGUUGGUUGCCUGCAAAGAUUUCGUUCACCAUUUUGAAACUCGCGUAGCCUCUCAGUAUAGACUUCAUUUCUGUAGAGCUAAUAUUAAGCAGUUCAGUAUCCUUUAUUGAGGACCAACAAUCUGGAAUUCGUUGCCAAUUUCACUAACCAGCUCAUCCUUCAUGUUUGUUUUUUUUUUAAAAAUCUGAAUAAUCUCAUUGAUAGUCGUUGUGUCGCUUAAUUUUUAUGUUUUCUGUACACUCUACAACUCAAGUAAGUAAUUAGAAAUCUAGCUUAUAGACUAUUAAGGAAGCCUAUAAAUAUAAGCUCUCAGCUUCUUUAGGCUUCAUUGUCACAUUAACUUAUAAUUUAAUUAUCACCUUUUGUAACGUUUUAUUGUUUUGUUUUGUGAGUGACUAAAAAACAAACAAAUAAAUAAAGAUAAAUAAAUAAUGAUUAGUACACCUCUGUAAUUCACUGUCGGGGAUGCAAUUUACUAUCUUUCUAUACAGCUAUUUCGAGAAAGGUUGUCAGAAAAAAUGUGCACGUGACAAUCCCGAAAAGUAAUAUGGGAUGUGAUCAAUACGCUGUUCCUAACGACUGUAGCUGUCAAACCUACUUUUGUUGUCUUCCUUUAGCACUCGCAAACAUACGUCCAUGGCCUCUCGUGCCAUUCUUUCAAAUUUCUUUGAAGAACAGUUCACUCAAAACCACCCACAAUACCUUUCGGGAUCGUCGCGUGGACUUUUUCCGACAACCUUUCUCGAAAUAGCUCUAUGUAUCGCACUACAGUGCGCUCACUGAAUCUGAGUCCUAUACAAAAGUGAACUGGUUGGUUCCAGCACCGCCGACACCACAGCUGUAAUAUGCGUUUACAAUAUAUCUGAUCUUUUUAACUGUUGCUUAAUCACAGGUGCCGAAUAUUCUGCUUUGCUGUCAUCGUGCAACAAAAACUCCGCUUCCGAUUCGCUACAAGUAUCGGGACCAGUUAAAAUACGGGAUUUACGCCGCGCAACCCGCGCUUGUGAAGGACUGUGCUCUAGAAUCCGCCCGCCUCGCCAUCGUGCGAGCAACCAAAACGAGGCAGCUCUACAUGAUCAAGGCGCACAUCCCAGUGACAAAAAAGCCCUUGGGGAGUCGUAUGGGGAAAGGCAAAGGCAAGGUGGACCAUCACGUGGCUAAUGUAAAGGCCGGAAAGAUUCUGUUUGAGUUUGAAUGUGACAGUGAGCCUAAUGCUUUGGAGGCUUUUAAGCAAGUAAAUCAUAAACUGCCAAUUCGCACGCAAUUUAGGAUUAAACCACCUGAGAAGAGAGAGAUAUGGACACAUUUUUGA